UUUGUAAGAAAUCACAUCUGUUUAGUCUCGCACCUUGGGAUAUUGCUGUGCUCUUUGAGAUUUAUCUCAUAUUUAGUUAUGAUUUAGAUAGUUAAUAUUUCAAGUUUUUUUAAAUCUAAUAUUGGGGAAGAACUCGUAUUUGAAAAAAAGUUGUUUUGUUAGCUUAGCUUUGGGUGGGAUACGCUUUGGUGAACUCAUACGAUGACUUCCGCUGCAAUGUAAACAUCCUGCUGAAGUGAACAAGUAGCAAGAUGAGCUCACCAGUCAACGGUAUCAGGCGGAAAAGCAAUUCGGAGUCAGAGUCAAUGGAUCUCGUCAACGACAAGAUGGUCACAUUUAACUUGGGUGAAAAUUUCACCGACGAGUCGGAUGGUGGUAGUCAAGUUAAUGGAGUGAAAAGGAGAAAUGCAAGAUUUUCAAGGACCAGCCAAGACACGGAAAAGGGGAGGAGAACCAAAUCUCUGUAUGGUGUUAUGCCAAAUUGCAAGUUUGGUCCAUGUGGUUCCAUCUUGGAUGAUUCAGCCACUUCUUUAACCAUUCCGGACCCUGGAAGUCAGAAACUGAAUUGGAACAAACCCCCUCUUACUGUCCUGGUCAUUAAGAAGAUGCAUGAUGAGAACGCAUUGUCUGCAUUUACCCAACUUGUCAAGUGGCUGAUUCAGGAUAAGCAUAUGGUUGUGUACGUAGAGAAGGCGGUUUUUGAUGACGCCAUGUGUACAGGCAGCCGAAUGUGUCGAGAACUUCAGAAACAGAUAAAAACGUUUGAAGAAGAUAAAGAUGACUUGACCAACAAAAUUGACUUUGUCAUAUGUUUGGGAGGGGAUGGUACUUUGUUAUAUGCAUCAUCUCUCUUCCAGGCCAGCAUGCCUCCUGUGAUGGCUUUCAACAUGGGAUCCCUUGGAUUUUUAACUCCAUUCAGUUUUCAUAAUUACAAGGAACAAGUCACACAAGUUCUUGAAGGAAAUGCAGGCUUGCUCCUGCGGUACAGACUUAAGUGUGUGAUAUGUAGGAAGGACUCCCACAUGGCUAAGAUCCCACACGUGAAGCAGAUCCAGAGGUCUCACAGCACUGUUCAGUCCAAAACCCAUCUACUUGUGUUCAAUGAAGUAGUGGUAGAUAGAGGCCAGUCUCCCUACCUCAGCAAUAUUGACUUGUACGUGGAGGGCAAGCUAGUCACCACAGUACAGGGGGAUGGUCUCAUCAUCUCUACACCGACAGGAAGUACGGCCUACGCAGUGGCAGCUGGAGCAUCCAUGGUCCACCCUAAUGUCCCCGCAAUAGUCAUCACUCCCAUCUGUCCUCACUCUCUCUCAUUCCGACCUGUUGUCGUCCCAGCAGGAGUAGAAAUUAAGAUAAUGGUCUCACCAGAAGCUAGAAAUUCAGCUUGGGUGUCACUUGAUGGAAGAAAUCGACAAGAAAUUUUUCAAGGAGACAGUGUUCGAAUCACCACAGCUCAGUACCCAGUUCCCUCUGUAUGUGCUAAGGAUCAGAUGGAUGACUGGUUUGAAUCUUUGGCCGAAUGUCUCCACUGGAAUGUCCGAAAACCCCAGAAAGCCAUGCCAGGUCUCACAGAAUCUCCCAGUACAGCCAGUAUUAAUGAUAGCAGUUAACGGAGGCUUCACGCUUGCUCUCAAGACAUUAUCAUUAUCAUAUCAUUUUGCUCAAAACUGGACUUUCUUUUCAUGAAUCAAGGUUUUCUUCAGGGAGUCAUUGUAAAUAGAAACCAUUAUUUGCAACUUUAUACACAAUCCACAGAUAACCAUCAGCCACAUUUUUAACCUUAUACUUUGGCUGCACAGGGCAGAUGUUGACUGUUGUUUUUUUUUAAUAAUAAUGAAAGAGAUUUUCAGAGGUAAUAGUCCUUAAUAUGGUGUUAUUAAGUCUCCAGAAACAAAGUUGUUAAGAAAUCUUUCGUAAUGUGCAUUUAGUUAUCAUCUGCCUGUCUUGAGAGAAAUAUUUAACAUAAGGAUUGUUAUUAUCUUUUUUUUUUUUGCUUAAUAUGAAAGGGUAUGCAAAUCAAAACUGUGGAUGUGUUACAUCUUUCAAUUUUUAAUGAGAUGCAAGACACGAUUUUGGCUAAAAGAGGACAUCUAUAAUUUUCAACUACCGGUAAUGAAACAGAAGUCCAUUAGCUUUAUGUUAUUUUAAAAUAUACAUAAAGUGUCAUAAAGUGCUAGAGAGAUUUCACUUUGCUUUUGAGUUAGUUGAGUUAAAGUUGGAAUUAUACUUUAAUGUGUUCAGACAAACAUUGCAAGCAUAUAUACAGUUAAACAUGCUUUUAACAAAUAUUGAUGCUUAUAGCAAAGUGAUUUUCAUUCCAUGUGGGUUUUAAAAAUAUUUUGAAGCUAACAGAUAUAAGGAAUUAUAAUUAUUAUGAAGCAAAAUCGCCUCUCCCUGGCACAUGAUAUAAACAUGUUUUACCAUAUACUACAACCUGAAUUGUUUAAACCUGCAAUAUGUUCCUGUCAGUGGUCAACAGUAUUCCUAUCUACAAGAAUUUCUUUUGUAAAUAAUGAAGCAAAAGUAAUUUCAAGCUGCAUCCCCAGAUAUCUAAUAUCAAGGACCCCAUUAUUCUUGAAAAAAAGUAAUUUCAAGCUGCAUCUCCAGAUAUCUAAUAUCAAGGAUCCAAAUAUUCUUUAAAAUUACGGUAGUCAAAAUCUUUCCUAUGCAGGCAUGGGUCUCUUGGAGGAACUGUGGUUAUUAUAUUAACUUCUUUAGAUGGAAACAUUUUUGUGUUCAUUACUUUUGCAUAGAAGAUAAAAGGGAAUAUGAGCUUGGAAAUUGAAAUUCAUAUCAUUUUGGUGAAGGCAUUUGCAUUUUGCAAGUGUGUGAACAUUUAAUAUGAUCUCAUAUUAUGUAAUGAUCAUUGUUUUAGAUGCUCUUUAAUGUUUUAAUAGUUGAUACAUGAUAAUGAAUGAUGAAACAAUUUUAAAUUGUU